AUUCCGUUUCCUUUUGCUAAUCUUUCCUAUAAAUGCUAACAACGAUCCUUCCCUAGUCUCUUCCCUUUCUCUAUCUCCUCUUCCCCACAUCCUUUAUCUCCAUCUCCAUUCUUUGUUCUUGUGGAAGUCUGUUUCCUUUAAAUUCAAGCUUACCAAAAGCCUGUCUUUAAAAUCAAAUAUUCUUGGCCUCUUGUCUUUCAAUUCCCCAAUUAUAAUCUGGGGUUUUGCAAGCCCCUCUUGUUCUUUUCAUCUUUCCGACUUCCUUCUUUCCUGAAGGGGUUUUUAGCCAAGAUUCAUGUUUAAUUUAUUCUCCUUAAUGUUUGAAAUACAUGUCUCAAAUUCUUAGUGAACUGUUUACUUCCGGGUGUAUGAUCAAUUCCACUUAUUGGCGCAGAACCCAUCUAGUUCAAUCUUUCUCAGUUGUCUUCCUCUACUGGUUUUAUUACAUUUCAUGAUUCUUCCUCUAUAAACUAACCCCUAUAUAAAUCUAUCGUUCUAUAUCUAUCUAUAUUUAGAUCUAUAAGUAAUCAUAUAAUUAAACUAAACCUUAAUUACCUCUGGGUCUUGUCAUUUCUCUCUCAAAAUCUUCAGUUUUAAGUUUCCUGAUUAAAGUUUCCACUUUUAGUAAUUUUCAUGGCUUCCUCUAGUGGCACAACGACGUCGUCUGGUGGUUCAGAUCUUCAAGGAGAAAUGGAUCAAAGGAAAAGGAGAAGAAUGAUUUCUAACAGAGAAUCAGCAAGAAGAUCGAGGAUGAGGAAGCAAAAGCACAUGGACGAUUUGAUGACUCAGCUGAGUCAACUCAGGAAGGAGAAUAACCAGGUGGCGGAGCUCAGCCAUCGGCUUCACUCUCUCAACGAGAUCAUUGCCGUCAUGAAACAACCAAUUGACGCCGGAAGUGGGUUUGCGGAGGAACAGUACGUGGGAAGUGACACUGAGUUCGGCGACGAGUUUAUCAACAACUCACUGAGUUUUCUUUACGCCUGUCAACCUAUCUUGGCUUCUGCUGACAUGAUUAUGUACUGAGUUGAAAGAAGUUUGGGAUGAAGGGAGAAAGUGUCCACUUUCUAAACUUAUAAGAUCAAGGUGGUAAUUUUAGCAUGAAAUUCGGAAACAUCAUUGAUGGAAUUGAUUGAAUGAUGGGAUCAAAAUAUUGGCAUUUAUAGGGGGUAGGGG